AUGCCGCCUCCAAGAAGAAAAUAUCUUGGUGGUAAUAGACUUGAUAAAACCGCGGGCAACAAAUUCAUAUGCCCUAGUUGCCCAAACUUCAACUUUGAUAGCCAUAAAAAAGUUGUUGAUCACGUAAAAGAGAUACACAAAACAAUGUUAUUGGGAUUAAUAUAUCGACAAGAUUCCAGAAGAGCAGAAGACUUGUUGUUUAAAAGAGAUUCUCAUAAAGUAGAGCCGUGCAGAGAACUUGAUAGACUUAUUAACGAGUUAAUGUGUGCCGAAGAAAAAUAUCUGCCCUUAACUGAACAUGGAUAUCCUGUUAAACAAGUAUUUGCUCAAAGUCGUCAGAGCAUUUUGCAAUUGCAGGAAAAUUUUAAGACGUUUACCCAACACCAACUCAGUUUAACCCAAACUAUUAUGAAUAAAAAAGUCUUAGCAGAAAAAGAAAAAGUAGCAACUACAAUUGAGAA